GAGGAGGUAGCCAGACCCCCGCCCAGCACGUGGCACAACCCCAGGAAAAGUCAAAGCCUGGCUGCAGGCCGGGGGCCGGCUGGGUGGUCCCCCAAGGGCUGCGUGGCUGAGCCACCCACUCCAGACCCCUCCCGCCAGCACAUUCCUGACUCCCGGGCCCCUCCCCCGGCUCCAGGGCCUCCCAGCCCCCUCCCCCGCUGGCCCAGCGGAGUCUGAAUCUGCUUCUGAUUCCGGCUCUGCCGACAAGGCCCCCUCCCCUCCCUCCCUCCCUCCCUCCCUCCCUCCUUCCCAGACCGAGCAGCCCCGCCCCCGGCUGGGCCCAGGCUUGCGCCUGCUGCGCCCCCCACCCCCUACUGGCACAGCUCGCCCGCCCUCGCUGCAGCCGGGAGAAGGCGGCGGCCGGGUCGCCCCAGGCCCCGCCCGCCCUCGGCCCGUCCCGGGAGGCCGGGAGACCUGCUCGACCCGGCCCCUCGGUGGGUGAGUGCGAGCGGCGGGCGGCGGGUGGGGCCUCUGCGGGCGGGGGCGACGCCUGUCAAGGCUCCAGGCCCAGCGGGAGGGCGCGCCGACGUCCCCGCUGCUCCGCUCGGCCCGGGGCGUCCCCGCGGCUGCGCCCACCUCUGGACCCCGGCUGGGGCCACCCGGGGGCUCGGGUCGCUUGGCACUGCAGCGCCUCGGACCGGACUUUCUCUCCCGAGGGGAGCGGGGCGGGGCCCCGACCGGCCGGCUGAUCCACGGCGGCUCCGGCCAUGCCCGGCUGGCCCUGGGGGCUGCUGCUGACCGCGGGCACGCUCUCGGCCGCGCUGAGCCCAGGGCCGCCGGCGCCCGCGGACCCCUGCCAUGACGAGGGGGGCGCGCCCCGCGGCUGCGUGCCCGGCCUGGUGAACGCGGCCUUGGGCCGCGAGGUGCUGGCGUCCAGCACGUGCGGGCGGCCGGCCACGCGGGCCUGCGACGCUUCGGACCCGCGCCGAGCACACCCGGCCGCCCUCCUGACCUCCGCGGGGGGCACCGCGAGCCCUGUGUGCUGGCGGUCGGACUCGCUGACGCAGGUGCCCCUCAACGUGACCCUCACAGUGCCCCUCGGCAAGGCUUUCGAGCUGGUGUUCGUGAGCUUGCGCUUCUGCUCGGCACCCCCCACCUCCGUGGCCCUGCUCAAGUCGCAGGACCAUGGCCGAAGCUGGGCCCCACUCGGCUUCUUCUCCUCCCGCUGUGGCCUGGACUACGGCCGUUUGCCUGCCCCCGUGGAUGGCCCAGCCGGCCCGGGGCCUGAAGCCCUGUGCUUCCCUGAGCCCCAGGCCCAGCCUGACGGUGGUGGCCUUCUAGCCUUCAGCGUGCAGGACGGCAGCCCACCAGGCCUGGAUCUGGACAGCAGCCCAGUGCUCCAAGACUGGGUGACCGCCACAGACAUUCAGGUGGUGCUCACAAGGCCUACAGUACUGGGGGACACGAGGGACGCUGCGGCCGUGGUUUCUUACUCUUAUUCAGCCACUGAGCUCCAGGUGGGCGGGCGCUGCAAAUGCAAUGGACAUGCCUCCAAGUGCCUGCUGGACACCCAGGGCCACUUGAUCUGCGACUGCCGGCAUGGCACCGAGGGCCCCGACUGCGGCCGAUGCAAGCCUUUCUACUGCGACAGGCCAUGGCAGCGGGCCACUGCCCGGGAAGCCCACGCCUGCCUUGCUUGCUCCUGCAAUGGCCAUGCCCGCCGCUGCCGCUUCAACAUGGAGCUGUAUCGACUGUCCGGCCGCCGCAGUGGCGGGGUCUGCCUCAACUGCCGGCACAAUACCGCCGGUCGGCACUGCCACUACUGCCGGGAGGGCUUCUAUCGAGACCCGGGCCGUGCCCUGAGUGACCGCCGUGCUUGCAGGGCCUGUGACUGUCACCCUGUUGGUGCUGCUGGCAAAACCUGCAACCAGACCACAGGCCAGUGUCCCUGCAAGGACGGCGUCACUGGCCUUACCUGCAACCGCUGUGCCCCUGGCUUCCAGCAGAGCCGCUCUCCAGUAGCACCCUGCGUUAAGACCCCUGUCCCUGGACCGACUGAGGAGAGCAACCCCGUGGAGCCCCAAGACUGUGACUUGCACUGCAAACCCGCCCGUGGUAGCUACCGCAUCAGCCUGAAGAAGUUCUGCAGGAAGGACUAUGCGGUGCAGGUGGCUGUGGGCGCGCGCGGCGAGGCGCGCGGCUCCUGGACACGCUUCCCGGUGGCCGUGCUCGCCGUGUUCCGGAGCGGCGAGGAGCGCGCGCGGCGCGGGAGCAGCGCCCUGUGGGUGCCGGCUCGGGACGCAGCCUGCGGCUGCCCGCGCCUACUGCCGGGCCGCCACUACCUGCUGCUGGGGGGCGGGCCGGGGGCCGCAGUCGGGGCCGGGGGCCGGGGGCCCGGUCUCAGUGCCGCCCGCGGAAGCCUCGUGCUGCCCUGGCGGGAUGCGUGGACGCGGCGCCUCCGGAGGCUUCAGCGGCGCGAACGGCGGGGGCGCUGCGGGACGGCCUGACCCCACUGGCCGGGUGGGGGCCGGCGGGGCGGUUCCCACACAUCAAGGCGCACGUUCUUGCAGUGUAUCCGCCUACCGAGGAGUCAUUGCUUGUGUCGCGC